AUGACUAUGGUCGAGGUCGCCGACAAGGCGUCGGCGGAGGAGAAGAAGGCCAUGAUCGAGGAGAUCAUCUUUGGCGUCCUCAUGAUUGUCCCCUUCUUGGGAGAGGUCCGGCUCAUUUCGGACGGGCUGGAGCAGCUGGCCGACAUGAUGUCGCUCAUUGGGGACGCGGGCGCCUUGGGCAGUACGAUCUACGGGGUAGUCACCGACCCGGACUCGGCGAUCUUGGAUAUCUUCGAGCUCGCCUUAGGGGGCGGGGUCCGGACCCCGGACGAGUUCGAAAAAGCCGCCAAUGCCCGUCGCGGGUUGACUGACGACGAGGUUAUCAGUCUGGGAUCGGACUGGAAAUCCUGGAGUGAUGACCUCUCCGAGGUGCAGUCGGUGUGCUACUAAGGGCUGGCCGGAUCCGGAGAUGGGUACAUCUCGCAGAGAUGUUACGUCGGAUGUACAGUGCGUACAUUUCUUGAUCUAUGGCAUACCAAUGAAUAUUUUGAUUUUCUCCAACACUGAGGGAGGCGUAUCUUCCUUGACCUACUCUCUCCACAAUUUUUGCUUUGUCUCCCUCUCUCUUCC